AUGUGUCAGGAGUGUGUUAAGGAAGAGUACCCAGAUCGGGGCACGAUCUGUCUGGACACAGGAGCGUACUUAGCAAACCUACAAGGCUGUCAUGUUUGUGGUGUUAAAGACUCCCUCAACACUGCGAACCGGUCCAUAUUCGACUCACAGACUUCUCCACAAGAAGUCAUUGAGUAUGACCAUGUAUGCGGAAACUGCAGCCAUGUGAUUGCUUCUCACACACACCGGUUCUGGGUAGAAGAGGACUUCCAGUACUAUGAGAUGAGCUGCAUGCUCUGUGGUGAGGCUGAUGACACACGCUCCUGUCUCCCUGACGACCCACGCAUGGAAACCAUCUUGUUCUGA